AUGGCGACCUCCGAGCACGGGAGGCGCUGCGAAGUCCUCCAGUCACUGUUGGCGAUAUGGCGACCUCCGAGCACGGGAGGCGCUGCGAAGUCCUCCAGUCACUGUUGGCGGUAUGGCGACCUACGAGCACGGGAAGCGCUGCGGCGAACUCUUGGUCAGCGCAGGCGCAGUGCCGACCCCAGGCGUGCUCCUGUUCAGACGGAAGUUAGACCUAUGGUGAGAGAUUUAUUGGAAGAAAAACCCCAACUGGAAGCAAACGACGACUGAAAACGAGGGAACAGCAACAAGUGAACCAGCCCGAGGACUGAGGGCACCAAUCGAGGAGAGCCCUUCUGACUCGGGGUUUCCAUUGAUUCAGUCAGGAGAAAGUUUGGUUAAAAAUGACAAGGAAAUUAUCUACAGGAAUCUCGAGCACAAAACGCCAGUUUUGCUGUCUCCGUCCACGUAUAUAGGAAGUGGAGCAACGGAUUCACUUCAUCAUCUUUCCUGCUCAGACUGUAGGGAGGGACUCACUCGAUCAUCUGACCGACUGGCAUGCACGUCAGUUUACACGGGGAGAGGCCUUUCACCUUUUCAGACUGUGGGGAUUCAAGGUCAUCUCAUGAAGGUACAUCAGCAAGUUCACAAUGAGCCAAAGCCAUUUACCUGUUCUGUAGGUGAGAAAGGAUUCAGUCAGUCAUCCCACCUGUGGACACACCAGCACUGGGCAGAGGCUGAAUUUUUGGGGAAGGAUUCACUCGGUCAUCUGACCUAAUGGCUCACCAGCGAGUUCACACCGGGGAGCGGCCGUUCACCUGCUCAGACUGUGGGAAGGGAUUCACUUGCUCAUCUAAACUGAAGGUACAUCAGCGAGUUCACACCCGGGAGCGGCCGUUCAUCUGCUCAGACUGUGGGAAGGGAUUCACUUGCUCAUCUAAACUGAAGGUACAUCAGCGAAUUCACACUGGAGAGAGGCCAUUCACCUGCUCUGACUGUGGGAAGGGAUUCACACAGUUAGGUAACCUACAAGCACACCAGUCAGUUCACACUGGGGAGAGGCCGUUCACCUGUUCAGACUGUGGGAAGAGAUUUGCUUUGUCAUCUCAACUAAAGGUACAUCAGCGAGUUCACACUGGGGAGAGGCCAUUCACUUGCUUAGACUGUGGGAAGGGAUUCACACAGUUAGCUAGCCUACGAGCACACCAGUCAGUUCACACUGGGGAGAGGCCAUUCAUCUGCUCAGACUGUGGGAAGGGAUUCACUCAGUCAUCUCAACUGAAGGUACAUCAGCGAGUUCACACCGGAGAGUGCCCAUUCACCUGCUCAGACUGUGGGAAGGGAUUCACUGAAUCACCUCAAUUGAAGGUACAUCAGCGAGUUCACACUGGGGAGAGGCCAUUCACCUGCUCAGACUGUGGGAAGGGAUUCAUUUCGUCAUCUCAACUGAAGGUACAUCAGCGAGUUCACACUGGGGAGAGGCCAUUCACCUGCUCAGACUGUGGGAAGGGAUUCAUUUCGUCAUCUCAACUGAAGGUACAUCAGCGAGUUCACACUGGGGAGAGGCCGUUCACCUGCUCAGACUGUGGGAAAGGAUUUAUUUCAUCAUCUCAACUGAAGGUACAUCAGAGAGUUCACACUGGGGAGAGGCCGUUCACCUGCUCAGACUGUGGGAAAGGAUUCACUUCGUCAUAUCACCUACUGAGACACCAGUCAGUUCACACUGGAGAGUGGCCAUUCACCUGCUCAGUCUGUGGGAAGGGAUUUACUUCGUCAUAUCACCUACAGAAACACCAGUCAACCCACACAGGGAAAUGGCCAUUCACCUGCUCAGUCUGUGGUAAGGGAUUCACUCAUUCAUCUCAACUGAAGGUACAUCAGCGAGUUCACACUGGGGAGAGGCCGUUCACUUGCUCAGACUGUGGGAAGGGAUUCACAACGUUAGCGAGCUUACGAGCACACCAGUCAGUUCACACUCGUGAGAGGCCAUUCACCUGCUCAAUCUGUUGUAAGGGAUUCACUCGGUCAUCUCAACUGAAGGUACAUGAGCGAGUUCACACCGGGGAGAGGCCAUUCACCUGCUUAGUGUGUGGGAAAGGAUUUACUUGCUCAUCUCAGCUACUGAGACACCAGUCAGUUCACACAGGGGAGUGGCCAUUCAUCUGCACAGUCUGCGGGAAGGGAUUCACUGAAUCAUCCUUCCUACAGAGACACCAAUCAGUUCACACAGGGAAAUGGCAGUUCACCUGCUCAGACUGUGGGAAGGGAUUCAAUCGGUCAUCUCACCUACUGACACACCAGUCAGUUCACACAGGGAAAUGGCCGUUCACCUGCUCAGUCUGUUGGAAGGGAUUCACUCAGUCAUCUCAACUGAAGGUACAUGAGCGAGUUCACACCGGGGAGAGGCCGUUCACCUGCUCAGAGUGUGGGAAGCAAUUCACUCAAUCAUCCACCCUAAUGGCACACUGGUCAGUUCACACUGGAGAGAGGCCGUUCACCUGCUCAGAUUGUGGGAAAGGAUUCACUUCGUCAUCUCUACUUAAGGUACAUCAGCGAGUUCACACUGGAGAGAGGCCAUUCGCCUGCUCGGUCUGUGGGAAGGGAUUCAUUUCGUCAUCUCAAUUGAAGGUACAUCAGCGAGUUCACACUGGGGAGAGGCCAUUUAUCUGCUCAGAGUGUGGGAAGAGAUUCACUCAGUCACCCCACCUACAAGCACACUGGUCAGUUCACACUGGGGAGAAGUCGUUCACCUGCUCAGACUGUGGGAGGGGAUUCACUUCGUCAUCUCAACUUAAGGUACAUCAGCAAGUUCACACUGGGUCGAGGCCGAUCACCUGCUCAGACUUUGGGAAGUGAUUCUGUCAGCCAAAUCAACCAAAUGUGCAUCAUUGAGUUGAAACUGUGGAGAGGCCAUUCACGUGCUGUGAAUGUGAUGGAUUCAUUCAGUUAUCUACCUUUGUGAUAUUACCAAGUUCACACUGGGGAGAGGCUGUUCACCUGCUGUGAAUGUGGGAAGCGAUUCACUCAGUCAUCUAAUCUUGUGUAACUUGCUUUGGCAAGCAGCUUAUUAUAGGGGGUGAUAGCCCCCCCAGCCUGGCCAAACUUAAGAAAUCUCGUUUGGGUGGAUGCUACGUGAUCAGUACCCUGAAAUAACAAACAUACACGAUAUGUGAUUAAAUGAUUGAGCUUUAUCAUUCUUAUUUUGACUAUAGGGUUAGUGAAGAAAAAAAAAGGGCCCACUCUCUCCAUUCACGCCUUCUCAUCCCUCAUCUCUCCCCAGCAAAAGACCAUGAAAAUCUCUCUUCCAGACUCACAAGAAUGAACAACAUUUUUUUUAUUGGAUAGCCACACACUCCAAAAUCCUGUUAUUCCGAGUCGUAACCUAAACAUUGCUGCUACAGAGAAGCCAUUACCUCAACAGUGAAACAUUACAGAGAGAGCAUGACAUUAGCAGUGAAACCUUACAGUAUGUUACACCUGUGACACUCUACCAGGUCCACACUGGGGAGGAAGUUUCAAUGAGCUGCAUGCUGGAUACUUGUUCAUCACUGUUGCUUGAAUGGAAUUUCGAGAGUGACUGUCGGUGCUGAACUCUGUAAUUAUUGCUGCUGCUCACCACACCCAGUUCUGCACCCUGGUCACUGGGCAUGAGAGGGGUUUCUUCUGCUUCACCUUUAUUGGGACUGGAGUUUAAUAUUCUGGAUCUGACACAAAUAAAUCAGUUUAUUUUAAACUCUGUCUCCGAUACUUAGUGAAUUUAUAAAAAAAAAAGUAGCGUACAGUAGAGUCAGCUCAGACUGGCUGGACCCUGCCAGUGAUUCAGUUCCAUGACAAUCCUUUUAAAUCCUCCCCUGUUCACCUCUCGUUCUCCCUGUGGAUUCCAGUCACCAUGCUGUGGGUAAAGAGGUUUCCCUUCAAUUUUGUGCAGACUGAAGAAGUCGAGGAGAAGGGAAUAAGCAGCGGGGCAUGGCAAUGAAUGACAGAGUAGCAACAUUUGGAAGCUGAUUGACAGAGAAAAUCUUCAGUUGACUGAUGCCAAACAAACAAUACCUGUGGUGAGGUGUUCCAAUGGUCGAGGAAUAUGUGUUUUCUGGGAAUUUGUUUCUGCUUGUUUAUCCGGUAAUAUAUCCGGAUGAACCAGAGAACCAUUGAGCAUUGCAGCACAGAAACAGGCCUUUUGGCCCUUCUUGGCUGUGCCGAACCAUUUUUCAGCCUAGUCCCACUGACCUGCAGCUGGCCCAUAUCCUUCCAUACACCUCUCAUCCAUGUACCUGUCCAAGUUUUUCUUAAAUGUUAAAAGUGAGCUCAUCUGGCAACUCAUUCCACACUCCCACCACUCUCUGUGUGAAGAAGCUCCCCCUAAUGUUCCCUUUAAACUUUUCCCCUUCACCAUUAACCCAUGUCCUCUGGGUUUUUUUCUCCCCUAGCCUCAGUGGAAAAAGCCUGCUUGCAUUCACUCUAUCUAUACCCAUCAUAAUUUUAUAUAUCUCUAUCAAAUCUCCCCAAAUUCUUCUAUGCUCCAGGGAAUAAAGUCCUAACCUAAUCAACCUUUCUAUAUAACUCAGUUUCUCAAGUCCUUGUAAACCUUCUGUGCAUUCUCUGGAUUGUACUAUCUGAAAUAAUGUAUUGAUUGUAUAAUUUGUAGGAUUUUGACUCUAAAACUGGAUCAGGCUUGAAUUUCUGGUGCCUUUAUGAAGUGAUGGAGGGCAUUCAUGAGUUUGUAUUUUAAAGCAAGAUUUUGGUAAAUUAUAUUUGCUACUUAAUUGAAGUAAUCAGAUUGAGUUAAACUGCUGCAGGAUCCUGGAAUGUGUUGGAUUGUGUCUGAUUUCUCUUGGCAUUUUCUGCACUUACUGCCUUGUUUGUUUGUAUUUCAUGUAUUUUCAUUUUUUUUUCCUUUUGUCAACCACCUUGUCCUGUAUUUCUGCAAGGAACCCCUCUGUUUCUGGGAAGAGGUCUCCAACUCUCAGUCAGGUGCUCGAUGCUUCCUUGUCACCAAGUCGUCACUUUUAUUGUCAUUUCAACCAUAACUGCUGGCACAGUACAUAGCAAAAAUGAGACAACGUUUUUCAGGACCACAUGACACAGUACAAAAAACUGGACUGAACUAUGUAAUAAAAAAAACACAGAGAAAGCUACACUAGACUAUAGACCUACACAGGACUGCAUAAAGUGCACAAAAGUAGUGCAGGCAUUACAAUAAAUAAUAAACAGGAGAAUAGGGCAAGGUGUCAGUCCAGGCUUUGGGUAUUAAGGAGUCUGAUAGCUCGGGGGAAGAAACUGUUACAUAGUCUGGUCGUGAGAGCCCGAAUGCUUCGGAGCCUUUUCCCAGACAACAGGAGGGAGAAGAGAUUGUAUGAGGGGUGCAUGGGGUCCUUCAUAAUGCUGUUUCCUAUGUGGCUUCACCAUGUAGUGUAAAUGGCCGUGAUGGCGGGAAGAGAGACCCCAAUGAUCUUCUCAGCUGAUCUCACUAUCAGCUGCAGGGUCUUGCGAUCCGAGAUGAUGCAAUUUCCGAACCAGACAGUGAUGCAGCUGCUCAGGAUGCUCUCAGUACAACCCCUGUACAAUGUGAUGAGGAUGGGGGGUGGGAGAUGGACUUUCCUCAGCCUUCGCAAAAAGUAGAGACGCUGCUGGGCUUUCUUUGCUAUGGAGCUGGUGUUGAAGGAUUCUCCGUCAGGUGAACACCAAGAAAUUUGCUGCUCUUUACGAUCUCUACCGAGGAGCCGUUGAUGUUCUGAGGGGAGUGGUUGCUCUGUGCCCUUCUGAAGUGAACAACCAUCUCUUUUGUUCACAUUAAGAGACAGGUUGUUGGCUCUGCACCAGUCUGUUAGCUGCCGCACCUCCUCUCUGUAAGCUGACUUGUCAUUCUUGCUGAUGAGACCCACCACGGUCGUGUCAUCGGCAAACUUGAUGAUAUGGUUCGAGCUGUGUGUUGCAGCUCAGUUGUGGGUCAGCAGAGUGAACAGCAGUGGACUGAGCACACAGCCCUGGGGGGCCCCGUGCUCAGUGUGAUGGUGUUGGAGAUGCUGCUCCUGAUACAGAAUGACUGAAGUUUCCCAGUCAGGAAGUCUAGGAUCCAGUUGCAGAGGGAGGUGUUCAGGACCAGUCGGCUCAGCUUUCCAAUCAGUUUCUGAGGGAUGAUUGGGUUGAAUGCUGAAUUAAAGUCUAUAAACAGCAUCCAAACGUAUGUGUCCUUUUUGUCCAGGUGGGUUAGGGCCAGGUGGCAAUGGUGUCAUCUGUUGAGCGGUUGGGACGGUACACAAACUGCAGGGGGUCCAGUGAGGAGGGCAGCAGGGUCUUGAUAUGCCUCAUGACGAGCCUCUCGAAACACUUCAUGAUGAUGGAUGUAAGUGCAACGGGACGGUAGUCAUUUAGGCAAGACAAUGAAGACUUGUUUGGCACGAGGACGAUGGUGGCGGCCUUGAAGCACGUUGGAAUGGUGGCGCUGCUCAGGGAGAUGUUGAAGAUGUCAGUAAGAACAUCUGCUAGCUGGUCUGCACAUCCUCUGUGCACUCUACCAGGGAUGUUGUCUGGUCCAGCAGCCUUCCGUGGGUUGACCCUAAACAGGGUUCUUCUCACCAUCUCAUCUGCUCAGAUCGUUGGGCUGUCUCCCAUAGAGGGUUAUACUCAUUCCACUGGUUAAUGUUUUCUUCCAUAAUGGUGAUUUAUUUUUCACCUCAUUUAAGUUUUCUGGUAUGUAUAUCUUAUCACAAUUGCAUAUACACACAUGGAGUGCUAAAUCCUGUUCAUUUUUGAUGAACAGGUUACAAACAUCUGUCUUACGGACAACUCGUACUUACGAACCAAGGAAAGAGAAUGCUGUCUGCCAUAUUAAGUCAUUGACAUUGACACUGUGUUGAGUGUUUAAUUUUGUAUUUGGCUUAAAAUUUUCUUAGUAAGAUUCACCCUGACCCCGCCCUGUCCCCCUGUUCUGGUCGGCUGGUGGUGCAGUGAGAUCAGCGCCAGGCUGGAGAACGGAGUUUCCCGAGUUCAAUCCAGUGAUAGACUGUUCCCGUGCCAGGUUGAUGUCGAUCCAGUGACUCCCGUACCAUCCGUGCUGGUUUGAUGUCGAGCUCACAACUCAACCUUGUAUAAAAAACACUGCCACCUCCAGUUUAAAUUCCCAUGUGGAAUAUUGUGGAUGAUCAAAUACCCAAACCCAGCACAGCCCCCUCUUGUCCCAUUUAGCCUGUCUCAAUGCGGAGGUCCUUAGGACUCAGCGGACCUCAGAAGUCAGCGGAGCUCGGGACCUGCCACCCGCAGUGUUUCUGUUCCAUUGACAGGAAGCGAUCACGAUUGAAAAUAAAGUGGAAAUAAUAAAGUGUUUGGAAAGAGGUGAAAUGCCAUUGGUCAUUGGAAAAGCGUUAGGCUACAGUCGGUCAACAAUCGGAACAAUUUUAAAGGAUAAUGGAUAAAGUGAGAAUGGAGCAUGUGAAAGGCACUGCCCCGAUGAAAGCUGCAUUUAUUACUAAGCAACACUGGUUUAAUUAUUGGAAUACAUAGAUUUCUUAAGAGUUAUAUGCAUAGAAAGAUAAAAUAUAUACUAUAUACUAAGACAAAUGUUAGACUAACUGAAGCUAAAUAAUACCGGAUGUACUUGUUCCGACUUGCAUACAAAUACAACUUAAAGACGGACUCAGGAACGGAACUCGUACGUAACCCGGGGACUGCCUCUACUUAGGAGUUUUAUCUUACUGUUGUGUGAUUUUAUUUUUUAUGUGUGUUAUUUCUCUUCCUCCUUCUGUUCAAGGUAGUGUUAAUCUAAGUGGGUUUGAGUGUAAAUAGUCUUUUCUAAAGUUCUCCUUUAUCUUUGUUAAUUUUACUCAUUGAGAUGGUACCAAGAUAUUUUUAUAUAUUAAAAAAAUCAA